AUGAUUAAGGUUAUUUUGAAAGCGGAAGAUAUUGCUCAUGUUCUUCGCGAUGGUGUGGCGCUAUUGCCUGGAUCUCGUGAUCGUACGGGUCGUGCAAUCAUAAUUUUCCCUCCGAAGGAGCAUCAACUGAAUCCGGACAAUAUUAGGAAUAUCCUUCGAUACCUGCACACCGUGACAGCUGACGACGCUAGGGAGCUCGGUUUCACUGUGAUCAUAGAUAUGCGUGGGAAGCACGCGUCAAAUAACGUACGACCUAUCCUGAAAUCCAUUAAUCAUCUCUGUGAGACGACAAAUGGGCUUAUUAUCAUGGUCUUAAUAAUUAAACCGGACACUUUUUGGGAGAAGCAAAAGGCCAACAUGCUUCUGGGAUCUUGGAGUUUUGAG